AUGGGAGGGAGAGUUAUAGGUCUAGAAAUGGGUAACUUCACCUUCAUUGAGGCCUGCUCUCCAGUUGAAGGCGGCGACGACACAGAAAUAGAGACGUUCUACGAAAAUAUGUAUGAAGCAAUAUUAUGGAGCAGAGGAAAAGGCAAACAAGAAAUACUGAUGGGAGAAUUCAAUGCACACGUUAGGGGAUGGUGAUCCACAGGCACUAACCAAAAUGGGAAUAGACUCAAAGUGAUGUGUAAGCAGUGGGAUCAAGAGCUGUUACAACUCGAUAAACCAACCCAUCUUCACUCGACGGGAAACACCUUCUGCUUGGACUACACAGUGAUAAAGAGAAGCAUGUUAGAUGAGAUAAUUGACUAUGACGUGAAUGAAGACUGCCCGAUAGACAGUGACCAUCUACCAACCACCAUAAAGAUAUGGGACUGAGGAGUAAAGACAAACAACUCAAAAAGGAAAAGAAUCCGCCUAGAUAGGCUACAAAACCCAGUAUUUCUCAAGCAAUAUCAGGAAGAGCUUCAGAGAGAAAUUUACGACAAGGUGAAAGGAUGGAGACCCAGCGACGACGGACCAAAGGUAUGAAGGCAUAAAUACAGUGAUACUUGAGGUAGCAGAGCGAGUACUUGGACUGGCUGAAAAUAG